AUGCGACCCAAGCAGCUUGUCCUCACCGGAGGCUUCUUAUUCUUCAUCAUUUGUGUCUUCUCCUUGCUUCGAUUUUCGCCGUCUGGCACACCAAUUCCACAUGCCGGGUCCUUCACCUCCUUCACGGGUGGCCAUGACGAUGGCUCCAUGACCAACCCAGCAUCUUCGCCGCCGGGGCCUGAUGACCCAAAGACGAAACCUGCGCCCGCUGGCUCACAUCCCAUGUGGCAUCUGAUUACGGCCGCCGAACGCGAGUUGGAAGACACCAAGCGACGCCAGUCCAAGACCCUCCAGGAGGCCGUUGCCGAAUACCGGAGGAGAUACAAGAUUCCGCCACCGCCAAACUUUGACAAGUGGUUCGCCUUCGCUCAGGCCAAGGGCGUGCAGCUUAUCGAUGAGUUUGACAUGAUCCACCAGUCUCUGACACCCUUCUGGGGCCUCAAACCUGAGACGAUUCGACAGAGGGGCAAGGAGGCGCUGGGCUUCGACAACGCGCUCUUGGGAAUCUCAAUCCGCGGAGGCAAGGCAACCCAUGUGCAGGGAGGCGGCGAUUGGCAGCGCGAAGCAACCGUGGGCAUGAUGGGCAAAUUCAUCGAGUGGCUGCCAAACAUGGACCUGUGCUUCAACUUGCACGACGAGCCGCGAGUUAUCGUGCCGCAUGACGAUUUAGCGAGACUGGUCAACAGAGGACUGGACGUCAAUAUGCCCAAGGCGUUCCUCAACAAGAAUCCAAAGAAUGAAUUCACAAAAGCCAAGAGCGGCCUGACCACCGGACAUGGGUUUGAGGAGCAAAAGCAGACAAGGUUCAACGUGUUUGCGCACCAGCCUACCUGGACCCAUUCACGCUUGUCUUGCCCCCCAGAUAGCCCGGCGCGUGGUCUCGAGGACGACGAGAAGCGGGACGACGUCUCCAAGUACGGGUUGGGAGAGUUGGGCUUUGUCUACAACACGACUGCAAUGUCUGACAUUUGCAAUUCGCCUUCACUUAGCUCGACGUUUGGGUUCUUUGAUCGACCUAAUGCAUACAACAUUGUGCUCGAUCUUUUCCCCAUCUUCUCGCAGUCCAAAAUGUCCUCAUACUCGGACAUUCUCUACCCGUCUCCCUGGUAUUGGUAUGAGAAGGUGAGCUAUGACGAGAAGCAGGACUAUCCCUGGUUAAAGAAGGAAGACAAACUAUACUGGCGAGGCAGCACUACUGGCGGUUUUAGCAGAGCCGGCGGCUGGAGGCGUCAACAUCGGCAACGAUUUGUGCAGAAAAUCAAUGCGGCCGAGGGGGCUAAGAUACUGGUCAACAAAGGCACCGAAGCCGAUCAACAAUGGGAGCCCAAGCAUGUCAAUCGCGGCGACUACCGGGAUCUCAUGGAUGUCUACUUCAGUGGUGUUGGACAAUGCGACCCUGGCGAUUGCGAUGCCCAGAAGGAGUUCUUCACAAUCAAGGGCCAUGCAGACCAGUAUGAUGCUUGGCAAUACAAAUACCUCCUUGACAUUGACGGCAAUGCUUUCAGCGGUCGCUUCUACGCUUUCUUGAGAAGCCGCAGUCUAGUCUUCAAGUGGGCCAUUUUCAAGGAAUGGCAUUUGGAGUGGCUGAAGCCUUGGGCACAUUACAUUCCCCUCAGCCUGCAAGGUGACGACUGGCUUGAAGCCGUCAGAUUCUUUGGCGAUGGGGAUCUUGGCAGGAAGGAGGCCGAGAGACUUGCCAACCAGCAACGUGACUGGGCAAACAAGGUGCUUAGACAUGAAGACAUGGAGGUCUGGUUUUUCAGGUUACUGUUGGAGUAUGGACGUGUGAUAGACGAUGGACGAGAUCAUAUUGGCUUCUCGCUUGGCAGCGUUGACGCAAGUGCAUAA